AUGUCAGGACAAAAAAGGGUUUUGUCAGGGAGGGUGGCAGUUGUCACGGGGUCAAGAAAGGGUAUCGGUCUCGGCAUUGCGAUGCGGCUGGCGAUGGCUGGAGCGGAUGUUGUUCUUAAUGGCAGGCGCCAGAGUCCAGAGGAUUCGGCGAUUGUCGAAAAAGUGGCCGCCUACGGCACGCGCGUUCGCUGCUUUGCUGCCGACUUGAAAGAUCGUGCACAGGUCGAAGCGCUGAUAAAGUUUACGGAGAAGGAGCUGGGCGCCGUGGAAAUUCUGGUCAAUAACGCCGGUAUUCAGCACGUCUCCCCAGUGGAAACAUUUCCUUCCGACAAGUGGGACGAAAUCAUCGCUCUGAAUCUCACAUCCGCUUUUCAUGCGACGCAGCUGUGUCUGCCGGGCAUGCGUCAGCGCGGGUGGGGCCGCAUUAUUAACAUUGCCUCGGUUCAAGGGUUGGUGGGUUCGGUGAAUAAAUCUGCUUACUGUGCUGCCAAGCACGGUCUCAUUGGAUUCACCAAAGUUGUGGCCCUGGAAACUGCCACGACAGGAAUUACUUGCAACGCGAUAUGUCCCGGGUACGUCUAUACACCCUUGGUGGAGGAACAAAUCAAAGCGGUUGCUGAAGCAAAAUACGGCGGUGACAUGGAGGCCGCAACUCAGGCAUUUCUCUGUGAAAAACAACCAGCAAAAGCAUUUGUGACUGUCGAGCAGGUUGGAGACGCUGCGGUGUUUCUCGCAAGUCCAGGGGCAGACCUGAUUCGCGGCACCACAAUCACCGUGGAUGGUGGAUGGGUCGCCCAAUGA